AGGGCAGACCCUGCUUCUCUUCUGGAAUUACCAAAACUUGAACGAGAAGAACAAACCCUAGAUCAGAUGGAAACCCUAGAAACUAAAAAGAAACGCGAAGGUGUGCUGUUGGUAGCGACCCCCCUACGUCUGCUGGCCAUCGAUCUGGCUAGGUUGACGGCCAGCGAUCUGGCCAGGUUUACGGCCAGGUCCACGACCAGGUCCGAAAUUUAUCGCAACUCACAAAUGCCGGCACUACCGGUUUUCAAGGAGUUCAAUUUUGUGGAGAAGGGGUUUCCCUACGGGAUGUGCUUCUUCGUAUGGGAAUCCAAACUCUACAUGGUUGGCGGGGAAAAACCUUUGGAAGGAGUACCACCGGAGCAGCUUUUUUCCCUGAAACACUGCCCCCUUGAAGAGUCGUUCGGAGCAGGGGGAGCUUCGCCUUAUAUCUACGUCUCAUAUGCCACUUCGCUUGACUCAAUAACCGACUUCCGUAAGCUUUCGACGGCCAUGCUCGGUCCGAAACCUAAUCCCUUUAUUGCGGCUGUUCAAGGGAAGAUCUAUGUGCUGUCUGGAAAGCCUUAUUAUUACCGUGAAGAUGACCUCCAGUUCCCAACUUUCGAAGUUUAUGAUCCAUCUGUCGGCGAAUGGGAGGCUUUACCUGAUCCUCCCUUCUACAACCCACGUCGUCGUAUGUAUGAAGAAGACUAUGUUGUACAUGGCCUUUCCGUCGUGGGAACCACCAUUUAUGUGAAGUCUGGCCUAAAUUUUCAUUCUUAUAAUGUCAAUACCAAAAUAUGGGAUUCUUUAGGUUAUUCAACCUCUACAAUACCCAUCCCCCUACCCCUGCUGCCUUGUUUUAUUGGCAAGUUUGUCCCUGCUUACGAUGACAUCUUCAUUGGCCUUCAUCGCCGCAACCUGUUUGCAGCCUUGAUUCCUCGUGAUGGUAGUCCUCCUACCUAUCAGUACUUGACUGAGGUGUUUGACGAGUAUUUAUACUAUAAUAUCGCUCCUUCAUCAGGAGCAGUCGAAGAAUUGGGUGAGCAGGAGAUGUGCAUCAUCAAGACAGGAUUUUUGCCAGGCAUCCACACUACUGCUUAUAUUGCCACUUUCCAGGUUGAGAAGUUGCAUUCCCCAGUCCAACCCUCCGAUUUGCCCUUGAUUAAUGGCCAACGUUCCUCAGUCCCAAAGGAUUGCUAGCCUGUUUCAUAUAGUGAGCAGCUGGUACCAAUAGGACGUUUUUUGUCUAUUACCUGCUUGACCAAAGGUCACUACAACCUUGAUGCAUAGGGCAUUGAUAUGCCUACAAUCUCUUGUGCCUUUCUUCCAAUCAUGGGAAGGAAAGAAGAAUGCUCUAAAUAGUUUGAGACCAGCUUAAGUGCUUUAACUUGAGGUAUGUACAAGACCAUUUAGCUUUUGUGCUAUGUUAAUAUGGUGGAAAACUAAAUGAGGAUUUGGAAAAUUUGGAUGGUUCAUAUGAUUAAUGAUAAAAUGAUAUAUUCUAUAGUCAAUGUCAUGUUUUUAGAGUUUUAUUCAAUAUAUUGCCAGAAUCUUUUUCUUUAUUAUUCUUUUUUUUUAAUUUGAUAACAGAGAAAUAGGAAUACCAGAUUGAAUAAAAAAUUAGGCUAUUAAGGAUUGCCUUUCAUCGGCUGUUCUGACAGAAUCCUAAAAUAUGCUUGAUUAGUCAUAAAUAUCAAUUAUCCUUUUGCCUUCCUAGGAUUCAUUAUCAGACCACAGUUAACAUGUUCCUUGAGCAUUUCAGAUACUGCAUGUUAUGAAGUCUUUUAAAUAAUGAUAGGGAAUUGUACUAUUGUAGUUUGGUUAGAAGUCAUGAUGUUUAAGAACCCAUGAGAAUUUUAAACAUGCUUCUCAACAAAAUGUUUGUGUUCAUGUGUGUAUCCAGUGAUCAAUGAAGCUUUAAUAUUUAUAACAGUUUUUCUUAUUUAAUCUUUGUACUGACAUUGACUAAUUAUUUAUAUAUUUUUAAUUAAGUUGUUUCAUCAUGGUUUCCUCUGUUUG